AUGCAGUCACCCUUGCUGCUCCACCCUUCAACCACCACGAAUGCUGGCACGUUUAGCCCUGCUGAGGGCCUUUCUACUGUCGAAGCUACAACGAGGCUUGAACAAGAUGGCCCAAAUGAGCUAGCACCGCCUGCGAAAGAGCAAUUUGUGCGCAUCUUGGCACGACAAGCGCAGAGUGUGUUCUUCGUUUUGACGAUUGCUGCCGCCUUCCUGUCAUACUCCUGCGGGGACAGGCCGCGAGCCGUGUUGCUGGUAUCUGUGGUGUGCACUGUGCUUCUUGUAAAUACUUUGGGCGAGCAUACUGCCCAAGAUGCGGGCGAGGCCUUGAGGAGCAUGACUGCUCCUCAGACAACAUGCAUGCGUGAUGGACAGUGGUCAAAGGUCCCAGCAACAACCCUUGUAGCGGGCGACGUGGUGUUCCUCGACGUCGGCGAAGUCGUGCCUGCAGACGUCGUGCUCUUGGAGGCCAUUGAUCUCAAAGUCAACGAGUCCAUCCUGACAGGGGAGCCUUUAGAUGUGACCAAAACAACUACAGUCGAUGAUGCUGGGACCACAGCGCUGCGGUCAAACAUGCUCUAUUGUGCGACCUCUGUGACAUCGGGACGUGCGAAGGCUGAAGUUGUCCAUACUGGCAUGCAUACGCAAGUUGGGCUGAUUGCCAAGCGACUCGGAGAAAGCAAAAGUUGGACGGAGAAGGGCCCACUGCUAGUCUCCGUCAACGCUCUGGGACGCAGACUGAGCGUGGCAGUUGUUGGCCUAAUUGCUUGCGCCACCAUUCUCGCCAUUGCAACCAGGUACCAAGAUCCAGCAACCCCAUGUCCUACGCAUGACUCAUACUGCCUUGUAAGGACAGGGCUCAUGCGUGCAAUUGUGAUGUCUGUUGCUGUGGUGCCGCAUGGCUUGCCGAUGGUAUUGUCCAUAAUGCUGCGAGUAAGCUCUUUUCGAAUGACAGCUCAAGGGGGUCUUGUCAUGAAAGUCUCGGCAGUUGAUUACAUAUCAGCGACAACGGUCAUCUGCACAGACAAGACCGGCACUCUCACUGAAGGACGCAUGACGGCAAUGAGCCUAACAAGCCUAUGCCGUGAUGGUGCUGAAAGUGCCGCAGGUGGCACGACCAAAGAAAGUGCAUUGGUGUUCUAUCCUCUCCGAGGGUUCUCGCCCAAUGGAGGAUUGUUCGCUGCUUCUGAUCUCACAGAUGAGCAUAGGGAGCGGAUUGACUCCAUUCAUGACGAACACUUGGAGCGUCAGGCUUUUGACGCUGAGGGCCUGCUCGAUUUGGCUAAUCGUGCACGGCAGGAGAGUUGUUCUGGAAAUCUAGAUCAACUCAUGGCCCGUGCGCAUUUGGCAUGCGCCUUCCUGAGCUGUCAUCAAACGUCUCUUGUGCAGCAUCCAGAGACGGGCCAGUGGGAAAUCAGUGGCAACAUGACGGAAGCUGCCUUAAAGGUGGCAGCUGCCAAGGGUGGCUUCAAGGCGGAUUCGUUGAAAGCACAUCGCCGGCUGCCGGAGCUGGAGAUUCCUUUCGCGUCUGCACGAAAAGUCGCAGCCGAUGUGUUUGAGCUGCCUUCGGAGGGAGACCGAAGGCUCGAAAGCCUCAAGUUCCCGGCAGAUUCUACUCAUGUUGCCAUCAUCAACGGUGCGCCCGAGAAGCUGAUUGACGCCGCGGGAACCAUUGCCAAGCUUGUGACAGAAAACUUGGAGGUGCCAGGGGAGCCCUUGACGUCAAGUGAUAGAGAUGCCUUGCAAGCAGCGAACGCCAGGCUCAGUAGCAAUGCCCUACGCAGUUUACUUGUUGUGGUGCGACCCCUGGCACAUUCAGAGAUGGAAGCACUUUCAAACGCAGCAUCGGCUGAUGAACGCCUAAACAUCCUUCUGAAGCCAUCCUUGCAGGUCUGCCCGCUCAGCCUUUGGGGCAUAUACGACCCUCCUCGGGCGUCUGUUCCCCGAAGCAUCCAGGGCUGUCAUGAGGCAGGAAUCCGUGUCAUUAUGAUAACAGGCGACCAGCAGGGGACAGCAGCUGCGAUUGCACGACAAAUUGGUUUGUUGCAGAAGGAUGAGGAUGCAAACGCAGCAACAGCAACAUGCUCUGAUCUUCAUGAAGCAAAUGCCCCACGUGCUCCAGACAGACGCCGGCUAUCACGUCAGGCGCAAGAACAGGUGGAGGCAUCCUUCCCUACCAGCAUCGCUAGCAGUGGAAAAAGCAACGUUCCACGGCGUGGCUCAAGAAGACUUUCAGUGCAUGAUGAGCGGAGCCCGACGGAUGUUGAGCCUGAGUUUAAGUCGGAGGAGGAAUUGAUUGACAUCACUUCUCGCGUGAAAUGCUUUGCGAGGGCUCAGCCUUCAGACAAAGUGGCUAUAGUUGCUGCGCUUCGUGCUGCCGGACACAUUGUGGCAAUGACUGGUGACGGUGUGAAUGAUGCACCGGCAUUAAAAGCUGCUGAUGUUGGAAUUGCCAUGGGCAUUUGUGGCACGUCAGUCGCAAAAAAUUGCAGCGAUCUGAUCCUGAUGGACGACAAUUUCUCAACCAUACAGCUUGCCAUCCAGGAAGGCCGACGCAUUUUCAGCAAUACGCAAAAGUAUGUCAUGGUGAAUUUGAGUAUGAAGUUUGCCGAAGCUACUAGUUUGCUGCUCUCACUGGCGUUGGGGGUCCCUCCGGUCAUAAAGCCAACGCCACAGCUGCUGAACAUGAUAAUCACCCAUGGUGCAAGUACGCUAUGCCUUGCAUUCGAGCCCGCAGAGGCAUACACCAUGAAGGUUCCUCCGAGAGAGGUGCAUGGAAUGAUCCUCACCCCCCGUCAGAUCAGGUGGCGGAUGAUCCCUUUUGUCUGUUGCUUUCCGUGUGUUGCCUACACUUCAUUCUUGCUUGGCACAUUUGGAGCUACUGGGUUCAUACGCAAUCGCGACUUAAUGGGAACUGCAGCCGUGGAUGAUUUGAAAAACGGUCAUACCGCAUGCGAACGUGCAGGGUGGGAAGAUGAGAGUGGCCACCACCAUGAGGACACGCGCCCCUUCCAUUGCCUUUGCACUACCAGUUCAGGCACGUGGCCUUUGCCGCAGACGCACAUUCUGGACCACUGGGGAACUUCGCGAGACGUACCCUUUAUCAUUGAUGGCUCACAAAAUGCUUUCGAUCUCUCGCUGGACAACCAUGACUGGGAGGGAAAUGCUUCAAGAUUGCUCAGACCUUGUGAGAGAAAUCCUCAUCUAUGGUGCUGGCAGCAUGACGUCCCGCUGUCUCAGCGGCCCAUGCUUCCUGCAGGGGCAAGCUGCGUGGAUCACGGGCUAAAGGUUGGGCAGACCAUGGCUUUUGUGACUAUCAUGUUCGGCGAGAUUCUGAGCAUCAUGUGCUUCAGAACUGAGGGAUACUUCUUCAAAUCAUUUCUGGAGAAUCCUUGGUACAACCUGACGCUGGUGUGUAAUCUGCUUGCGAUGAGCCUGGUCAUAUACGUGCCGCUGUUUGCCAGUGCUUUACAGUUUGUGCCCUUGACAGCAAGCAGGCUCUUUUUUGCCAUGGCUUGCUCUCUUGUCUUGUUCAUCUGCACUGAGAUGGCAAAGACCGUUUAUCGAUCAGCCCAGAAGUCAGCCAAUCUGCUGUUGCAGAAGCGGGCCCUCUUACUUUCUGGUGCUAGGCGGCCCACGUUGACAGAAGAUGCAUAG